AUGGUUCGUUCCGCGGAAAUCACAGAGUUGAAAAGGCAUCGUUAUCUGUUCAGUCACGUCUGGCUGGCAGACGGCUCAGUCGUGAUCCCCGAUGUCAGUGAAUCGCAGGACGCAUUUAGACAGUUGGUAUUAAAUGACCCAGAACUGGCUGGAGAAUGCCGGAAAUGGAUUGCAAAAUAUGGAGAAAAUCAGCACUAUGAUCGUAGUCAUCCACUUGCACGAAUGUACGAGUGCUUGAAUGGUUUGACUGUACAACAGUGGUUACGAAAAACCCCAUUGGCAUGGAAUGAUUCACGAUACGCGGACUUGUAUUUGCUUCCUCAAGCCCAUGAAAUGCGGGCUUCGUUAAUCAAACGGGAUUUGGAAAAAUCUGCGGUAGAAAAUCCUUUGGGGAUGCUUCAUCCUCAAUCUGUCGGUUGGACACACAGCAUCCGGGAUAUGCCAUUGGUGGUGCUAUCGUCCAUGAACUUAGCCUACGAUCAAUAUUUGAACGUGAACAGUUCGGAUCAUUGGACCCUGACCGAAACGGAGAAAAAUCUGAAGAGUGCUUUGAAUUCGUUUCGUAAACCGACAUCGCAGUUGCCUUAUGCAGAAGCAAUAUGGAGUGUCUACCAAGAUUAUUUGAAAAAUCUGAUCGCGUGGCGUCGAGAUGAUCAGGCUCCCGAGGAGAUUAAUUAUCGCAAUUUCUACGACGUUAUUCGCGGUGAUUUGCGAGGCGCGUGUGCGUACAAUUUGUACGCAAAACAUUUGCAACUAAGUCGUCACAUUAUUGUGAAUCCAAUCUAUCGAAUUUUGAAUCGAAUCCAAGUUCAACCGUAUGUGGAUGAGGAGGGAUCAAGAUGUGAUAUUCCAUUUUACUUGAUCGAUGACAACUUUUAUUGUGGUGAAGGUACACGCCCACUGUACGAGGCUCUAGAACCGGAGCAGAAAGAAGUUCUAAUUCGAGCAUUUGUUCAGUUCGCCUAUUACGGUGCAAUUUUGGGUGCGAGGGAGAUGCAGUAUCCGUUAGGACCAGACAUGCCCUCACUUGAAUCGACUUACAAUAUCCUCACAGAGAUGGGACUAACAACUGGUGGCACACGUGAGGUUGCCUUCCUGGAAGCAUGCAAGCUGUGGAUAUCUGAAGAGGGUUUGUUCGAUCACGUGAUGAAAUACGCUCAGAUGAACUAG